GACAGGAGGCCGGCAGGUGAGGAGUCCCUGCUGCUGCUGCUGCUGGAUGGGGGGCGCCCUGUCCCGGUGACACUGGAGGGGGGUUUCUCGCACAUCAGCUGCAGCGAGGGAUGCUCCAGUCUCCCCCCCUCCUCCAGCCCGCACUCCUCCUCCCCUGCACCGCACACAGACAGGCUGAGCCGGCAUGUGCAGGGCACAUCCUAUGCCCGGGGUGCAGCCUGUCCCCUCCUGUCCCCCCAUGGCUGCCUGACAAAGGACCCCAGCCCCCCUGUCACCAUGCCCAGCGCUGCCAGCUGGGACUUUCUCCACCAGAUCUCUGUCAUCUGCUUUGUUAACGCGCUCUCCUCCCCUGGAUGGGUAGACACGACCUUCCCCUUCACAGCAGCCUGUACUGGUAAAUUGGAACAACACACGGAAAGGAGAGGGGUCAUUUAUAGUCCAGCCUGGCCUUUGAACUACCCACCUACCAUGAACUGCAGCUGGUACAUCCAGGGAGACCGCAGCGAUGUCAUAACAAUCAGUUUUAAGAAUUUCGACCUACAAGACUCCCACAAGUGUGCUGUUGACUGGCUCCUGAUUGGUCCGUCUUCUAAACGGGAAGAAUACAAAGUUUGUGGUUCCACCAUCCCCCCGGCCUUCACCUCAUCACGGGAUCAUGUCUGGAUAUUUUUCCAUUCCGAUGCCUCCAGCUCAGGGCAGUCUCAGGGAUUCCGGCUGUCAUAUAUUAGAGGAAACAUGGGACUGAGCUCCUGUCCAGCCGACGAGUUUCUUUGUGGAAAUGGGAAGUGUAUCCCGAACACCUGGAAAUGCAAUUCCGUGGAUGAAUGUGGGGAUUACACCGACGAACGCAACUGUACAGCCCCGUCCACUGAGCUCCGCACCACGCUCUGCCCCGAGCGGACGUUCCCAUGUAACUCGGCCCACUCCACGCAGUGCAUGUCCAACGAGCUGAGGUGCAACUCCGUCAAGGACUGCAUCAGCGGCUCGGAUGAGGAGAACUGUCCCGACCUCACGUGCGGGGGGAGGCUCGGCAACUUCUACGGCUCCUUCGCCUCGCCAGACUUUUUCCGAGCCGACGGCGGCCGCUCGGACCUCCAGUGCACGUGGUACGUCGACACUCAGGAUAAUCGCCACGUCAUUCUGCAGAUUGACUUGCAGCUGGGAUACAGCGACUACGUCAAAGUGUACGAAGGCAUCGGCGAGCAGAACCACAAGCUCUUGCAGAGCCUCUCGUUCCGCAACAAUCGCCACACGGUCAGCGCGGAGUCGGCCAAUGGCCAGCUCACGUUGUCCUACCACGUACGGCCGAAGAGCAUAGGGCACGGUUUCAACGCCACCUACCAGGUGAAAGGGUACUGCCUCCCGUGGGAACAUCCCUGCGGAAUGGAUGAGAUCUGUUUCUCCGACAGCCAGAAUUGUGACGGGUGGUGGCACUGCCCCAACGGCAAAGAUGAGGAGAACUGCCCGGCCUGCCAAAGCAACGAGUACCCCUGCGAGGGAGGGAGCGGCCUGUGCUAUUCCUACCUCGACCGCUGCAACAACCAGAAGAACUGCCCAGAUGGUUCCGAUGAGAAAAACUGCUUCACCUGCCAGCCGGGGAACUUCCACUGCGGUACCAACCUGUGCAUCUUCGAGACGUGGCGGUGCGACGGUCAAGAGGAUUGCCAGGAUGGUAGCGAUGAACAGAACUGUCUGGUGAUCGUGCCUCGGAAAGUCAUCACGGCCGCCCUUAUCGGUAGCCUGGUGUGUGGCCUGCUCCUGGUGAUCGCGCUUGGCUGCGCGUUCAAACUGUAUUCGCUAAGGAGCAGAGAGUACAGGGCGUUUGAAACACAGAUGACGCGUCUGGAGGCGGAGUUUGUGAGACGAGAGGCUCCUCCUUCUUAUGGGCAGCUCAUUGCACAGGGACUUAUUCCGCCAGUUGAGGACUUUCCGGCUGUCAGCGACUCACAAGUUUCCAUGCUACAGAACAUUCGCACAGCAAUGCGUCGGCAAAUGAGACGGCAUUCUUCCAGGAGGAACUCCUCCAGAAGGCGUUUGGGCCGCCUGUGGAACCGGUUAUUUCACCACCCACGUGCCAGAGGGCAGAUUCCUUUGCUGACAUCAUCCCUGCUGUCACAAGCACGAUGCAGCGAAACGGACGUCGGCAGAAGUGAGGAGAACUGGCGUAGCCCGUCCUCGCCUCCGGAAAGAUGCAACACGCACACGCAAACCGGCAACCAAGCGGGAGACUGCUCCGACCUGGUUGCCGACAAUUUGCGCCAUGAACUGGAAGCUGUGGAGCAGCUUCCGUUAAACGUUGUGCAGCAAGCUUGCUCGGAGCUGCAGGUGCAGCCAGAGGGGGAAACGUCUGUCGCACUCUCAGACUCUGAAAGUCUCUGCCACAGUUUUUAUAACCCAGCCAUAAGAGAAGAUCCGGCAGUGACUCGUGGAGUUUCCAUGCCGGCAGAUCUCUCAGAAACAUUUUACUUGGUGCCUCUAUCAGAAAGGACUGCUACUGGUUCUAGCAGGUUAACCCAAAGCCAUCAACACAACGAGGAACUUUUAAGAUUGCCUUUGAAAAACACUGAACACUUAGACAGCUCAACGAAUGUCCAAAUUCAGGUGAACGAACAGCCUCAUAGCUGCGUACCUUCCUGUCAGGAGGAGCCCUUGGGGGUACAUGUCAAUUACCACCACCCAUCGGUACAGACCUCUCACCCCCUCUCGGAGAGUAGCACUAGUGAUGACGAAUCUUUAUUGAUAUGCUAAUGAAGUUGCCUACCACCGUA